AUGUCUCAAAAAUGCGACCUCUGCAACUGGGAUUUCUCGACACAGCGUGGAUACAACGACCACAUUCGAACGGUUCAUUCCCAUCCUCGUCCUAAUCCACAACAUUCUCGCAUCCGCUACCAUAAACAACUCAAUGGUCUCCCAUGCAAUCCCGAUGGCGCAUUUCUUCCCCGCGGAGCACCACCACCCCUCCGCCCCAAUGACAUCGACUGGCACCCUUUCCCGGAUCGUCCUUCGUUCGAGUUUGCACAAUGGUCUUUCGACUCAAGCCCUCAAUCUCGCGCGGGUCUAAGGCAAUUAUGGAAGAUCUUGCAAGCAAAGUUCACCGCCGACGGGCUUGAAAACUAUUCCCCUUUCUAUCGCUCCAAGUCUGACAUUGAAGAUGCCAUCGAUGAUAUUCCUUUUGGUGACGCUGCGUGGACGACUAUUGCCAUUCGCUACCGUGGUCCGGUUGGACCUGACUCGCCGUCCUGGAAGCGGCAAGUCUAUCUUGUUCACACACGCGAUGCCCUCACUGUUGCCGAAUGCAUUGCAGCCAAUGCCGAGUUCAAGGACAUGUUUGACUAUGUCCCAUACGAAGAGUACACCGCACCUGAUUGUCGCCGUGUGUGCAAUCUGAUGUCAGGUCAAUGGGCGUUUCGAAUGGCGACGCACAUCUCCGAGGACCCGGACACUCACGGCUCUAUGCUCGUGCCAAUAAUUCUCGGCGCUGACAAGACUACGGUGUCUGUCGCCACCGGAAAUCAAGAAUAUCACCCAGUUUACAUGUCCCUUGGGAAUCUACAUAACACUGCUCGUCGCGCUCAUCGCGAGGGCAUUGUUCCUCUUGCGUUCCUUCCCAUCCCUAAGGCGGCACGCGAGUGGGAAGACGACGAAGAAUUCAGAAUAUUCAAGAAGACGCUUUACCAUGCGGCAUUAGCGGCGGCCCUCGAGCCUCUUCGACAUGGGAUGACAACCCCUCAAGUCCUGCGAUGUCCAGAUGGUCAUUUCCGCCGUGCGAUAUUCCAGCUUGGCCCUUUCAUUGCCGACUACCCUGAACAGGUGUACUUGUCCGGAGUGGUGUCUGGUUGGUGCCCCAAGUGCGAUGCGGUUCCAGCAGCGGAAUUUCUGCCAGGAGCACCACGUUCUCAUCAUACCACAGAUGAGAUGCACAGAGGAUACACGGAGAACGACCUAUGGGAUUUGUUCGGUGUCAACCCUGACGUUACGCCAUUUACGACUUACUUCCCGCGUGCAGACAUUCACGAGCUUCUAACACCGGAUAUCCUUCAUCAGCUCAUCAAGGGGACGUUCAAGGACCACGUUGUGGAAUGGGUUCUUACCUACAUCAACCAGACGAACCAACCACGCGAAGCAAAGCGCAUUAUCGACGAGAUAGACCGCCGAAUAUCGGCGGCAUCACCGUUUCAAGGCUUACGGCGAUUCCCGCAAGGUCGUAACUUCAAGCAAUGGACCGGAGAUGAUUCGAAAGCACUCAUGAAGGUGUUUCUACCAGCCAUUGUUGGGUUUGUACCUGAUGAGAUGGUGCAGUGCGUAGCAGCGCUGCUCGACUUUUGCUACCUCGCCCGACGACCAUCACACGACACCCAUUCCCUCACCGCUAUGGAAGGGUUACUGCAAGACUAUCACCGCCUCCGCACCGUCUUUAUCGCUCACGGCAUCCGUCCAGACGGAUUUGCGCUUCCGCGGCAACACGCGCUUGUCCACUACGUCCGCUCCAUUCAGCUCUUCGGGUCACCUAACGGAUUGUGCUCCUCCAUCACCGAAUCCAAGCAUAUCCACGCCGUCAAACAGCCGUGGCGUGAAUCGAAUAGGCGUAACCCACUCCCUCAAAUCCUCCGAAAGCUCACUCGCAGAAGCAAACUCGCUGCUGCUCGUACAGAGUUCGGACGUCGUGGGAUGCUCCACGGAGACGUUCUAGCCGCAGCACUUCACGACGCUGAACAGGAAGGUGCCCAUCUCGACGAGGAUGCGUGUUCAUAUUUAUUAGCGUUCUCUAAGCCAGCAAACAUCAUCGCGAACCGGCUUGCAGAACCGGAUCUCGUCGAGCUUCUUCGACGUUUCCUGUAUUCGCAGGCCUUUCCCGAUGCCGUAGACGACCCCAGCACCGUCGACAUCCGCCUGUGUCCAUUGGUGCAGCACAAGGAGACGAUUAAGGUGUACUACAGUGCGACAGCGGUGUUCUAUGCCCCCAGCGACCUCGCAUCCGGUCCGGGUGGCAUGUCAAGUGACAUCAUUCGCUGUACGCCGUUAUGGUGGGGCGAGUAUCCACGCUACGACACUGUCCUUGUCAGUGUCGAUGACAACGCUCUCGGAACAGAUGGUAUGCUUGUCGCCCGCGUUCGCGCUUUUCUCUCCUUUCGCCACGGUGGGCGACAGCAUGAGUGUGCACUUGUGCACUGGUUUGAGCGGGGGGAUGAUGAGCCCGAUCCCGUAACAGGGAUGUGGAUAUACAGACCGGAAAAAGCUCCCGACGGUAAUCACGUUACAAGUGUUAUCCCUAUAGGUUCUAUUGUUCGUGCUUGUCAUCUCAUCGGCGUUUACACAGACGGCGACAAGCUACCAGAUACUUACCAUUACUCAGACUCUCUCGAUCAUUUCAACCGCUUCUAUCUGAAUUGGUACAUAGAUUAUCACGCUCACGAGACCAUCUGUUAA